GACUAGAAGUAUGUCAUACGUAAAUGAAAAGUUGGCUAUAGCAGACUAUAACGAAGUUAAAGUUAAGUUGACAAUGGUCGAAGAUAUAUAUAAAAAUUAUCUUGCUUUACUUGACGAAUUUGACAACUUCGAAGUUCCGGAUCUGGACCCUUUCAUGGAAAAAUUCGAAGAAGACUACAUUACCAUAAAAGGUAAACUAGAAAAAACUAUCGAAAAACUCUCUAAUAAUAGUGCUGUUCCAGGUUUUAAAAGACAGUGUACAACUGAAUCUGGUGGUAGCGGUAGUUGUUGUUCUUCUUCGAAAGCUACGAUUAAGUUACCAAAGUUGGAGUUAAAGAAAUUUGGUGGUAAUCUACUUGAAUUCGAAUCAUUUUGGUCUUUGUUCAACUCAGCUGUGCAUGAUACCGAUUUGAAAGCAACUGAUAAAUUUACCUACCUGAGAAAUAACCUAGUAGGCGAAGCUGAAUUAUUGUUGAAAGGUAUGGGUACCACUGAAGCAAACUAUCCGAUCGCAUACGAAAUGGUAAAAAAGAAGUUUGGUAAUAAAAAGAAAUUAAUUGAUUUAUUAUACGAUAAUUUAACGAAAAUUCCAAAAAGUAACAAAUGGACUAAAAAUUUGCGAAAUACUUAUGAUAAUAUUGAAUCGAAUUUACAUGCUUUAGAAGGUGUAGGUGAAAAUAUUCAAAACAACACCAUACUGUAUUCGAUGAUUAUGAAGAAGUUUCCGUUUGAUAUAAUUAUGAAAGCCGAUUUGGAUGUUGCAAGUAACGAUUUAUCCGAAUUGAGGCAGAAAGUUGGCGAAUUGAUAUGGAAACAAGAGCAAUAUUGUGGUACGAAUUGGAGUGAGUCAUCCGAUAAUAAUCCUAAUAAAAAAGAUUUUUUCAAAGGUACUACAGAGAGCUUGAUAACUGGUGAUAGAAAACCGAGUAAAAAAUGUAUCUAUUGCGGUGAAACGUCACAUUAUUCCGAUGAAUGCAGCAAAAUAACAACAUUGGAAGACCGAAGAAAGAAAUUGAAUGGUCGUUGCAUCAUUUGUUUGAAUCCUGGUCAUCUCGCUAAAGACUGUACGUUAGUAAUCCUGAACCAACUGAAUCUUUACUAAUGAAAGAUCAAGAAGGUAAUCUGUUAGCAGCCACAAUCAACGUUGGUAAUGAAAGUCGUGUUCAGAAAGUUACCUCAAUUUUGGAUAGCGGUUCAAGAAGAUCGUACAUUACUACAAGGUUGGCCGAUAAAUUAAAAUUGAAGCCUCUUCAUUAUGAAACGAUUAGAAUUUCUACGAUUUGUUCCGAAGCUCCUAGAGAAAUUUCAACUAAGGUCGUUAGUUUAGAUAUUUUUACAAAUGAUGGUGAAAAAAUAAAAAUCACUGCAAAUACGAUACCUAACUACCUAAGAUUAUUAAUCGAAUAAAUCACCACGAUAUGAAGUUAGAUUCCAGAUUUGCGAGAUUGAAAUGGUAGAAAACCUAUGGAAAUUAGAUGCGAUUGGAAUAGAUGAUUCAACCUCAGUGGAGGAUAUCGGCGAUGAACUUGCGGUAAAAAGUUUUUAUGAUAAUAUAGAAUUGAUAGAUAAUCGUUAUGAAGUAGCUUGGCCCUGGAAAGAGUACCCUCCUGAUUUAAAAUCGAACAAAGAGCUCGCCUACGGUCGUUUGAAAUCUCAGAUGAGAAAAUUUGAAAAGAACAAAGAAUUAUUCGAUGAAUAUGACAAAGUGAUCAAAUACCAAGAGUCUCAAGGUAUUAUCGAACGAGUCGACGAAUCUAUCAACGAUAAAGAAGAUUUGGUUCAUUAUCUACCACAUCACGAAGUACUGACACCAGGUAAAAGUACCAGUUUACGAGUUGUUUAUGACGGUUCUGCAAAGUCUCGAAAAAACGAUAAACGUUUAAACGAUUGUAUUUUUCGUGGUCGCGUUCUUUUGGAAACUUUAUGCGGUUUGAUUUUGCGCUUAAUGUUGAGAUGUUUUGUAUUAACUUCGGAUAUUGAAAAAGCAUUUUUGCAAAUCGGUUUAAAAUUACGUGAUCGCGAUUUUGUUAGAUUUAUUUGGUAGUAAUCCAAAGUAUUUGUUAUUGUUUUCAUUGAUAAAUAAAUAGAGUUACGGAAAAGGUUCGUUUUUGAAGCGAUUAGAAAUUAAUCGCCCUGUUCGUUGAAUUCCU